GGCCGCGGCCCCUCCGCUCCGGACUGUGCGAGUGACCGGUGGUUGCUUCCCCUUCCCCCGCAGAGCAGCAAGAUGCUGAACUACAGCCCCGCGGGGGUCGGCGGGUGCCUGCUGGACAGGAAGGCGGUGGGCACCCCGGCCGGCGGCGGCUUCCCUAGGAGGCACUCGGUGACGCUGCCCAACGCCAAGUUCCACCAGAGCCAGCUCCUCGGCGGCCUCAAAGGGGAGCCCGCGCCCGCGCUCGGCCCCCGGGAGAGCCGCUUUCGAGACCGCUCCUUCUCGGAGGGCGGCGAGCGGCUGCUGCAGCAAAAGCAGCCCGGGGGCCAAGUGAACUCCAGCCGCUACAAGACGGAGCUGUGCCGCCCCUUCGAGGAGAACGGCGCCUGCAAGUACGGCGACAAGUGCCAGUUCGCCCACGGCAUCCACGAGCUGCGCAGCCUCACCCGCCACCCCAAGUACAAGACCGAGCUCUGCCGCACCUUCCACACCAUCGGCUUCUGCCCCUACGGGCCGCGCUGCCACUUCAUCCACAACGCCGAGGAGCGGCGCGCGGUGGCGGGCAGCCGGGAGCCCCCCCCUGCCGACAGACCCCGCCUACAACACAGCUUCAGCUUCGCCGGCUUCCCCAGCGCCGCCGCCCCCGGGCUGCUGGACAGCCCCACCUCCGUCACCCCGCCGCCCAUGCUGAGUGCCGACGACCUGCUGGGCUCCCCCACGCUGCCCGACUGCGCCAGCAACCCCUUCACCUUCUCCAGCCAGGAGCUGGUCAGCCUCUUCGCCCCCAGCGUGGGGGUGCCGGUGCCCGGCGGGAGCUCCCCCACCGCCUUCCUGUUCAGGCCCAUGUCCGAGUCUCCUCACAUGUUCGACUCGCCGCCCAGCCCUCAGGACUCGCUCUCCGACCAGGAGGGCUAUCUGAGCAGCUCCAGUAGCAGCCACAGCGGCUCCGACUCGCCCAUCCUGGACACCUCCAGGCGCCUGCCCAUCUUCAGCAGACUCUCCAUCUCCGACGACUAAGCGGGUUCCUCCCGCUCCCCCCUCGGUGGCGAUGUUAAGCUGACCCCCCGCCUCCCUACCCCCCAGCUGGAUGUUAACGCGUCCGCCUGCCUGUCGCACACCCAUCGGCUCCAACCUUAAGUGCCAAAUUACGACGAGAAGCAAUAACGUUUACAAAAUUAGUGCCUUGUAACACUUUCACUGUGACUCUAUUACCUCUCCGGCUGCAGAGGGCACCGCAGCUCUGCGCGCUUCCAGAUGUGCAGGAUGUGCCCGCGCCCGGCUCCCCCCGCUGGCUGCCUCCUGCACCGCCCCCCGGCUGCAGGCACGUGGCAGCGUUAACAUCCAGCCCCUUGCCUCGCCCCUCCGCCUGCCUGCGGGGAGGGUGAGCUGAGAACAGAGCGGUUGUGACACGAGCGGGACUUCGGCUGGGAGGACGACGAGCGAAAAAGAUGGCAGAAAGCAAAAGAGGUGGACUGUGCUGGGAGAGACUCGAUUUUGGUGCUAAAAGUUCCUCGUGUAUUCGUGUGACAUCUUAACAACAAAUAAAGAAACGGGGUGGGGCGGACGGAAGUCAUUCCACACAUACACACGUUCGUGUAAACAAAGUUCCAGUAGACAUAGCUUUAAUGGUUUUGCUCUAGAGUACCUUAGACCUAUCUUAGAGCACUCACGCCAAGCUUUUAUUAUUAUUUUUUUUUCUGGGUUUUUAAUUUUGUAUAACUUCAGAAAUUGGAGAGCAAAUUUUGCUUGUCACUGCACAACAAUAUAAAAAAGCUUAUUUAACUUAUCAAAACGUAUUUAUUGCCGAAACCUAUGCUUUUUUGUUAAUUUUGUUCAUAUUUAUCGGGAUGAUGAAUCCAUAGAAUAUAUUCUUUUAUGUUUAAAUUAUGAUCUUCCAUAUUAAUCUUAAGAUUGUGAAGUGUCUUUUCCUUUUUUUUUCCCCCACAGUUUAAUAUAUUAUACUACAAUGACAUUUUUUGUAACUUUACACUUUUUUUGGUUAUUUUAUUUUAAAAAAUGAAAAAUUAAUUUAAAAAAA